CUGUUCUGUCUUUUCCAGUGAAGGGCAUUGUGGGAUAGGCAAGCAAUUUCGUUUUAAGUUCUUCACGGGCAGACAUUUUGACAGUUUACAGACACAAUGAGCAGAGGAUUCGACCGUCAGGAUAGGAGAAGGGGUGGAGGAUUUGGCGGUGAUGGUCUUGGUGGACAAGAUAGUUACGGUGGACGACGAGAAGGAGGUUAUGGCGGAGGAAGAGAUGGAGGAGGUUAUGGCGGAGGACGUGAUAAUUAUGGCGGAGGCCGUGAUGGCGGCCGAGGAGGCUACAAUGAUGGUGGUUCAUAUCAAUCGAACUGGAACAGUCCAAACGCUGGACAAACAGACGUUUACGUACACCAGUCAAUUGUCGGCAGAAUAAUCGGGAAAAAGGGUUCAAAAAUUCGUGAACUGCAGGAAGGAAGUGGAGCUUUCAUUAAAGUAUACAGUGACCAGGUCGAGGCAGGAAAGGUUCGAAUCAUGUUGUCUGGAGACAGUGAAGCGAGGCAAAUGGCAGCAGCAAUGAUCAGGGAACUGGAAGAGCCACAAGAUGGGAAUGGACCUCAACGUCGACGCAACAAUGCUUGCUACCAGUGCGGCCAAGAUGGUCACUACGCCCGCGAGUGCACAGAGCAGCAGUAUUAAUCCAUAGUGACAUCUGCCUGGCACAGCCAAAGAAAAUGCACCGUAAAAGUUAUCACAUUGAACACCAUCCAAAUCAAACUUGCUGAGCAACCUGUAUUACUCAAGACCCUGUGUUUAAUUUUUACGCAUUUUAUUUGACAAGAGCAAUUGCUGCCACUUUGCUAAUUAUGCUAGGUUUGUAACAUCUUUCAAAGCUUUUUAACAAAGUGAUAUUCAUCACAAAUUCAUUUUGUAAUUUUUUUUUCAUUUUUUUAAUGUUAUUUUUUUUUUGUGUCCAUUGAAAUAUGGAAUCUCUUGGUAUUCAUGCGACUGUAAAUCCAUUCUCAAAAAUAAAAAAAUGUGAUUUUUA